GGUUGGACAACGCAAGUCUCUUUCUUUCUGCCUGAAAUCUCAAGCGGACUCGACGUUUCGUGUCUAUCGCAGACUUAAAAAUGCGUUACGUGGCCGCUUACCUCCUGGCUGUGCUCGGUGGCAACACAAGCCCCUCUGCCAAGGACAUCAAGACCAUCCUUGGCAGCGUUGGAAUCGAGGCCGAUGACGAGCGUCUGAACAAGGUCAUCAGUGAACUGAAUGGAAAAGAUGUCAACGAAGUCAUGAAUGCAGGCCUCUCGAAGUUAGCCUCCGUGCCAGCAGGUGGUGCUGUCGCCGCUCCUGCAGCUGCUGGAGCUGGCACUGCAGCCGCUGGAGACGCUCCUGCCGCGGAAGAGAAGAAGGAGGAGAAGAAAGAAGAGUCUGAGGAGUCAGAUGAGGACAUGGGCUUUGGUCUCUUUGAUUAAUCUCUCUUUAUAUUGGGAAAGAGCAAUAAAAACUGAAAAACAAA